AAAAGAUGCACCUUGCUUACUAAUUCACCACAGAAAUAACUUUACUCAUUUGCUAUUGAGAAUAAGACCGAUACCGCGUAUCUCGAUCCACUUCAGAGAUAAUAAUUCACUUGAAAAUGUAGAGAAAAAGAAUACAUUGCCGGAUUACAACGUGAAGUUUUAAUAUCUUAUCGUUACACAUUGUCUUAUGUUUUGUUAUAUUCUGUGCGACAGAAGCAGUUCAGUCUGCAUGUGGAUUCAUUCAGAAACAGUCAAAUAUGAGAUUUUCAGUGGGACACAUUGCAUUACUGCUUUCAUUAUGGAUUUGUACAGUGCUUGCUGCGACAAGAGUAAGAAUUAGUGAUGGGAUACUAGAAGGAUCGGUAUUGAAAUCAAGGAACGGACGAGAUAUCUUUGCAUUUAGGGGCAUCCCAUACGCUCGUCCACCAGUAGGAGUAUUACGAUUUCAGGCACCUCAGCCACCAGCCCCUUGGACAGGAGUCCGGUCGGCUAAAAGUGAUGCAAACAUAUGUCUCCAGAAGGAGGCCCAAAACUCCGCCUCUAGGAUCUUCGGUUCAGAAGAUUGUCUCUACAUAAAUGUAUACACUCCAAAAUUGCCUGAUGUUGGAUGGAAAAAUUCUUCCAUUCCUUAUGCUGUUAUGGUGUGGAGUUACGGUGGUGGAUGGUUCUCGGGUAGUGGUUCGUCACAGCUAUAUAGUCCAAAGUUCCUGCUAGAUCAUGACAUUGUUCUAGUGACCAUGAAUUACAGAUUGGGACCUCUCGGUUUUCUGAGUACAGCAGAUGAUGUCGUUCCAGGGAAUUAUGCUUUAAAGGAUCAAGUGCAAGCACUUCGCUGGGUUCAGAGAAAUAUAGCAGUCUUCGGUGGUGAUCCAAGCAAAGUCACCAUUGCCGGUGGCAGUGCUGGAGCCGCAAAUGUACAUUACCUUGUUUUGAGUCCACUCGCUAAAGGACUAUUCCAUCGAGGGAUCUCCCAGAGCGGUACCGCCGUCAAUACUUGGUCAUACAACACACCAAAACUUGCGAGGGAUACUGCCCGUCGUCUUGCUAGAGAACUUGAUUGUCCAACAGAGACCUCAAAGAGAAUUCUUCAGUGUCUGCGCACUAAAAAUGCUAGUGCGAUAGCUGCAAAGCCUACAGCGUGGUCGAUUUUCAAUGGAGCUCCAACGAUGCCAUUCCGACCAGUCAAGGAGUCAAACCAUUCUGGUGCAUUCUUAACAGAGGAACCAGGCGAAUUGAUGAAACGUGGCGAGUUCUCAGACGUUCCUUGGUUGAGUGGUGUGAAUGCGAAUGAGGGAUCUAUGUAUACUGUGGGACUUUAUUCAUCCCCUCAUCAAGAAGAUGUUAAACGAUUGAAUGACGAGUUUGUGGAACUUAUUCCAAUAUCCCUUGAGAUGAACCCAGAUUACCCGAGAACAACCCUGGAAGCAAUUUCGCGAAAAAUCCGUCAAUAUUACUUUGGAAAUAAGACAAUUGAUGAGUCUACUAGGAUGAACGUGACUGAUAUGUUUUCUGAUGCUGAAUUGAAAUUCGCCGGUGCUACUGCAGUGAAAGGCCAUCUGCAUGCUUCAAAGAGUCCCACAUACUUCUAUCAUUUUGGAUAUAGAAGCAUCAAUCAUACAUCACUCAUUCCCUACGAUCCAGACAGAGACUACGGUGUUACUCAUGGUGAUGAACUCAUGUAUCUAUUCCCUUUCUAUCAAGCUCAUUUUCCUAACAAAACAAUGGGUGAAGGAGACUUUAAAAUGGUUGAUGUAAUGACACUGUUAUGGACCAACUUUGUCAUAUUCGGAGAACCUACACAUGAAAGUACAUUCAAAUCUUCUAUUGAAUGGACGCCUGUGAAGACCGAUGCCCUCGAGACCUUCAUCAUUGAAGGCCCUAGAAGCUUGAAAAUGUCCAAGGGUAUUUUCAAAAACAUGAUCGACUUCUGGUCCAGUUUGCCCUGCCGGGUUGGUCUUUCAUAUACAAACAAGUACCUCGUUGGUUGCUAGGAAGAUGUGAACAAUUUGUAUGCAACAUUCUAAAAAUUUAUUUCGAAGUGUUCAAGCGAUGAUCAACCUAUGGCCUAAUUUAUGUUGUUGGCCAGGCCAACGACAUAAAUUUGCUCUCUUCAUAAUAUCAUUAUUUUUCCGGCAGUUAGCUUGUAAAUUAUUUUGUGUUAUCUCAAAAUUGAUAGAUUGUGCGUGUAACAUUAAUUAGCCAAUGUAUUGAUAAUAAAAAAUAAUUUUUGAAAAAAUUUA